UCCUGUUUUCCGGAUGUCCAUCUGCCAAAUAAUUUUUGAUAUGAUAUGAACUGCUAUGUUUGAUAGGUUUCUUUUAUCAAAAUUUGGAUAGUUUCAGAAAAUAAAUCAAUAUUGAUUGUUAAUAUUCUCUAAAAUAAGGAUAUUAUUCCGUGGUUAAAAAAGAGGUCAUUGCCAUUGAUACUGUAUCCUUUCAUUCAUUUUAAGUCAAGGAAACGCCACUGGUAACUUAGGGAUGUCGGUAAAGAGGUUAUGGGAGUAGCAGGAGGAGUCAAUUAUUUGUUAUUUAUGGUGCUGUUUUUCGAAAUCAAUGUUUUUUGAGUAUGGCUGAAGAGUUAUUAGUGGUUUUAAAACGAAGUGAACAAUCUGGACUUGGGUUUUCUUUACUUGGGAAACCAGGAUUACCCCCGAUAAUCUACAAUAUCUCGGAGGAUUCUCCAGCUGCCGAGAGCGGUGAGGUUGAGGUUGGCGAUGUAAUCCUUAGAGUCAAUGAAAUAGAUGUUAAUAGAUUAAGUACAAAAGAAGUGUUGAAAUGCCUUCGAUUAUCUGAAGACCCAGUUAAACUCAAAAUUAAACGUGAUCCUAAAAUCAAAGCAACAGUUCAAACACAUCUACUAACAAACUGCGAUGAAUCAGAGAGUAUUUGCACAUCAAAACUCAAAAAAUAUAGUCCCAAUCGCCCUCAGCCUUCUGUGCAUCAAACACAUGUCUUGAACAAAAGUAUCCCAGAGAAAGAGCCUCUACUGAUGAAUCAUGGGGACAAUGAUCGAUUACUAUGGCAGCCCCUCUCCAAUCAAGAAUGCGUCAAAAAGUCGCAACCCAAAUUUGAGGCUUAUAUGAUGACCGGAGAAAAAAUCCUUAAUAUAUCUAAAAUACCCCAAUCCACAUCAUUAGCUAAACACAGAAGGAUGGCUAAUCCAAAGUUUCACAAUAACCAUUCCAAUCAAAUGACCCACUCGAUGAAUAAUUCUGUGCCAAAUAGUCCCAACGAGUCAGAACUUGGCCAAAAAGUUUAUGGAGCAGCAUCUUUGACUACUUCCCCUGAAUGUGCCACCAGAAGACUUGGUGAUACUACUUCCAAUACUAAUAAUUCCUCUGGAAACUAUGUGAGAAACAGCAGGUCGGAGGACCAAUUACAAGGCCAAAAUUAUGACAUUGAUGAACGGUCCUCGAAUGCUGAAGGAAAUGAUGAUAUGACUUCUUCAUUGAAUACUCUCCUGGAUACAGCUUCCGACAACACAAAUGUCAGUGAUGACAGUGAUAGGAUUGUAUGGACUUACAAUGCGCCAAUAAGUGAAAACGCCAAACAUUCACACCAGCUGUCUAAUGGCAGCAAUUCCUCCCACAGCAACUCCUCUCCAACUUCUCUUAGUCCUCCCCAUUCAGAAUCUCCAGCCUCUCCCACAUCUGUGUCUUCCUCGGUAAUGUCUAGCCAUUCUGGAUCUAGAAAACUACCUUACUCUCUCAACAAUUUACCACAUCAUUCAGUGAAUGAUGCCAGCAUGUCCGAGGCAAUCUCGAAUAUUUCAAGUCCUGAUUACCAUGAUGACGACAGUAUGGGAAUGCGUGAUUGUAUUAUGGAAAUCAGUGAUCCAAGUGAUAGUGAUAGUACACUUUUAGUUUCGGAACCUUACCAAAGGCAUCGGGGUAGUGAUAAUGAUCACCGAAUUGUUAUACAAGUGAAGGGGCCUGACAAAAGUUGUUUCAGGGAGAAACAGAACGAAAAUACUGUUACUCCUCAAAAUGGAUGUGAGAUAAAUUGUGAUCUAAUGGAACAAAAUUUAGUAGAUUAUGAUUCAAAUUGUGAUAUUAAAAGAGAUUCAUCUCCUACCUUAAUAGAAGAUGACAGUGAUAUAGAAAGCCUGCAUAGUUUUCAUUAUUCUCCUAAAGCAGUGGAUGUUCCAUCAGCUAUUCGGCUGGCUAAGAGAUUGUAUAGUUUAGACGGUUUCAAGAAAUCUGACGUUUCAAGACAUUUGAGCAAAAACAAUGACUUCAGCAGAGCUGUAGCUGAAGAGUACUUAAAAUAUUUCGAGUUUGAAAAUGAUACAUUAGAUGCAGCCUUGAGGAAAUUUUUAAAACAGUUUUCUCUUACGGGGGAAACCCAGGAAAGAGAAAGAGUCUUGGUUCACUUUUCAAAAAGAUAUUUAUUUUGCAAUCCUGGCUCUUUUAAUUCUCAAGAUGCUGUACACACAUUGACAUGUGCAAUUAUGCUGCUCAACACAGACCUCCAUGGACAAAAUAUGAAUAGAAAAAUGACUUGUAAUGAAUUCAUUGAUAAUUUAGCAGAUUUGAAUGAAGGAAAGAAUUUUCCACGCGAAGUUUUGAAACUAAUUUAUUAUUCGAUCAAAAAUUACCCAUUAGAAUGGGCAUUGGAUGAUUGCACAUCACCAGCUCAAAAUAAGGUCCAUGAACACAUUCCAUAUGGAGUAAAUCCAUUCUUAGAAAUUCCUUCCAAUAUGAGUACAGUGGAAUAUAAGAAAGGCUAUGUUAUGAGGAAAUGUUGUUUUGAAACAAAUGCUAAAAGAAGCCUUUGCUGCGUUUUUUUAGCGCCGUUCCACAAACGUAGCUGGAAGAUGUUCUACUGUACUCUGAGGGAUCUGAUGCUGUUCCUUCACAAGGAUGAAAAUGGCUUCAGAAAAAACGAGAUGAGUGACAAUCCACAUAACGCAAUCCGGAUACACCAUGCAUUAGCUACAAAAGCAUCUGACUACGUUAAGAAGCAGUAUGUUUUUAGGCUGCAGACAGCAGAUCAAGCAGAAUAUUUGUUUCAAACAAGUGAUUCCAAGGAGCUACAGUCAUGGAUCGACACAAUCAAUUUUGUUUGUGCAAGUUUUUCUGCUCCACCUUUAGAAGCAGCUGUGGGUUCUCAGAAAAAAUUCCAAAGACCGCUCUUGCCAUCUAGUCUUACAAAGUUUCAUUUGCUUUUAUUUCAGAGGGAACAAUUGAGAGAUCACGAGGAGAGAGUAACUAGACUUGAAACAGAGUUAGAUGAGCAUAGAAGGUCCCUACCUGAGAAAGGGUCAAAAUCGUUGAUAGUCCAAAAUUAUAAAGAAAAGGAAAUUUACCUAAAUUUCGAGGUAAAGCGAUACAGAACCUAUGCUUAUAUACUAAGAUCAAGAAUGGCUCUAUUUCAAGAAGUGACUGAAUUGAAAGAAAAUAGUAUAGGCGAGUUGGAUGAGGCUAUGGGUGUGACAUUAAUGGAUGAAACAAGUGCAUUAGUUCCCCCUCCGAUUCCCGAUAGAAUGUCACCUUCAACAAACAGGCAUAGUUACAGACAAGCCAUCUAUAGUAGAAAUACAAUCCACAGUGAAUCUGAAAAUGGUUAAGAAUAAAUAGAAACAUCUUUGAAAUCAAUUAGUCACGUGCAAUUAUAAAAUACAUUGUGACACAAAGGUUUGAAUUGAGUUUUCAGGGAACUACAUUUUAAUCUUUAUUAAUUUUUACAAAUUUUAUGCAUAUUAUAUAGUAGAAGAUUUUAAAAUUGAGAAGCCAACAUAUUCAUCACUAAAGAUUUUUAUAUUGAUUUUUGAACUUCCUAUGAACUCUACUUUGAACUUUUUUGUUACAUAUAGUGGGGAGGAACCAUUUUAAAUAUCGACAUAUACCUGUUUAUUUAAUUUUAUAUAUACAUCUAAAAUAUUGUUUUAUUAUUUAAAAAUAAACUAUUGUAAAUUGGCAGUAUUAAUAAUUAGUUUUACUUCAAAGAGGAACAAAAGAUUAGUGUUAAAAUGUUAUAAAGUUGUUGAAUGAGCGAACUAAGCUCCAAAUGGUAAUUUAAGAAAUAAUAAAAUUGUAUUGAUUCGAGA